AUGUAUGUGGUAAGGACUAGUGACUUGGUGAUUACAUUCAGGAGGGGUAGUGCAGCAGGGUUGAGCAUGGAGGUGUUCGCAGACCCAGACUAUGUAUGCAAGGCUGCCGAUAGGAAGUCUGUGUCAGGAGGAUUGGUGAUGUGUGGGGGGGGUUGUAUUUCUGGGUUUUCAAGGACGCAAAAGUGCGUUACGUUGAGCACGACAGAGGCGGAGUAUGUCUCCCUUGCGGAUGUGAUGAAGGAAGUGUUGUUUCUGAGGCAGGUAUGGCGUUUUAUGUUGCCAGAAGCAGGCAUGCCGUGUAUUCCGGUGUUCGAGGAUAACCAGGGGGCUAUUCAGUUGGCGCAGAACCCGAUUAGCAACAGUAACCCGAAGCACAUCGACGUAAGGCACCACUUUAUCAGGGAACUGGUAGGCAGGAAGGAGAUUUCGAGUUUUCACGUGGAAUCAGCGUAUCAACAUGCUGACUUCCUCACGAAGGCAAUUCACGUCGGAGAUUUUGAGUUUCGUCGUAAUUUCGUGAUGAGUGUGGGACAGGAACGGUAGGUUUGGAUUUAUUUGUGUUUGAUCAAAGAACUAGGGUGGCAUUGUUUUACAUGUUUGCCUAUGGUGUUCUCAAUGAAUGGUUCUCUAGGUUGGGGGGCAAUUGGAUCGCUAUGAUUAUCGAAAAACUACAACUGGAAUGAUCGGGGAUGGAAAUAUAUUUCUAGCCGAGAAGGCUAUUGUUGCAGAUUCGAGUUGUGUCUUGGAUUAUCUUCUUGUGUUUUGGAGUUGCUGAAAGAUCAUGAAGACAUGGCAUAGUCACCAGCAGGGGGGCUGAUAGA